AUGUCCGACAACGAGAAUGGAGAUGAGAUGGUCACGAAGCCCUUCAAGUUCGUAACUGCUUCACGCGCCACAGGCUUCGAUGCCCGCUUCCCCAACCAGAACCAGACCAAGCACUGCUGGCAGAACUACGUCGACUACCACAAGUGCAUCAUCGCCAAGGGCGAGGAUUUUGCUCCCUGCCGCCAGUUCAUGCUGGCCUACAAGUCGCUCUGCCCUAGCGGCUGGACCGCACGAUGGGAUGACCAGCGUGAGGCCGGCAACUUCCCCGUCAAUCUCGACCAGUAA